ACAUUGAACAUUGCAUGCAACCGGUAUAGUUUAAAAUCAUACAAUUUUUUAUUAGAGUUUGUGAGCUUUUUGUUUGUUAUUAGUGAAAGUGGGAGUGAAACUAAUAGCAAUGGAAAAAAGCCUAAAAACAGAGAAUAAGAUACAAAACGAAAAAUGCUAUGUUUAUUCAAAAGAACAAGCUUCGAAAAUCAGAUGUGAAUUUUCCAGACUUAAAGAUUUAUGUUACCUUGAUCAUGCUGGAGCAACGCUGUACUCAGAAAAGCAAUUAGCCAAUAUUUUUACAGAUUUAUCUAACAACAUAUAUUCAAAUCCUCAUUCACAUAGUAGUGAAUUCACUAAAGAUGCAGUGGACAUAGUAAGAUAUAAAGUGUUAAGUUUCGUCAAAACAUCGCCCGACCAGUACUCAGUGAUAUUUACAUCAGGCGCAACCCAUGCUCUUAAGCUAAUAGGAGAAACGUUUGAAUUUAAUGGAGGCACUCUUGCUUAUUUAGAAGACAACCAUACAUCAGUGUUGGGAAUGCGAAAGUUCGCUUCCAACUUUCGCGAACUGAAAGUUGAGGAAGCCUUUAAUGUUUUAUCAAAUCCAGCCGAUUCCAACAGCGAGCUGCGGAACGGAAAAAACGGCCUUUUUGUAUAUCCAGCUCAGAGCAAUUUUGCAGGGACAAAAUAUCCCCUUUCAUGGAUAAAGACAGUUAAAUGCGAAGCUUUGAAUCAUCUUUUUGCUACACCUGAAAAUUGGUAUACUUUAUUGGAUGCGGCCUGUUUCGCAUCUACAAAUCAGCUCGAUUUACAUCAAUAUCAGCCGGAUUUUAUAUCGAUAUCAUUUUAUAAGAUAUUUGGAUAUCCGACUGGAUUAGGGGCACUUUUGGUCAAACGCUCCAGUGAAAAUGCUUUAACAAAAACGUAUUUUGGAGGCGGCACUGUGCUAAUGGCUCUAAGUGCUCAAAAUGUCAUGAUUCCAAAGCCAAUUAUUUAUGAACAAUUUGAAGAUGGUACAAUUUCGUUUUUAUCAAUAUCUAGCCUAAGGCAUGGUUUUGAUAUUCUCCAGACACUAAAUCUGACGCCAGAUUUAAUUUCGCUUCAUACAUUUAAUGUCGCUAAAUACACUUUUGCGAAUCUAAUGGAAAUGCAUCAUUCAAAUGGAACAGCUGUUGCAGAAUUAUACCACGACACGAAGUUUGAAAGCGUUAAAACCCAAGGAAGUAUUAUUAAUUUCAAUUUGAAGAGACCUAAUGGGAAUUAUGUUGGAUAUUCUGAGGUUCUACAUUUUGCCAAUCUGAAUGGAGUUCAUUUGAGAACUGGUUGCUUUUGUAAUCCAGGGGCGUGCCAGAAAUACUUGAAAUUAGAUCCUGAUAAAGUCCAGAAUCAGUUUGAGGCUGGCCACGUUUGUGGCGACCAACACGAUUUAGUCGAUGGAAGCCCGACAGGAUCAGUUCGCAUUUCUUUUGGAUACAUGUCCACUUUUGAGGACGCCGACAAGUUUUUGCAAAUGAUCGAAACCUGUUUUGUUUCACAUUCGAAUUUUCAGUCGCUUACAAUCGAUCGAACCAUUGAUGCAUCCUUGAACGGCACCCGAAACAGAUUG